UCAUCUGCUCAUCGAUCAAUUGAAAAUGAGACCAAACUAUCUUACCUGUGCGGUAUUCUAGGUACUUUGUCCUGUUCUGCUCGAUACGCUUCACUGCACCUGCCACGCAUAAGGUGCGUCGCGUGGCACACACUGAACGAAGUAAAAACUUCGCAGAACACAUGGCUACGUCCACAAAGCAUGGUGCGCCACUGUUUGAACGAACCUAUCGGACCGACCUAGAGCAAAUAUCGUAGGUUUAACAAGACUGUGUACCACCGUGCCGUAUGUAAUGCUUGAUAGUUUGAGCUAGGUAAAAGGUAAAAAUGUUCGAUUGUUCCUUUCAACUCACCGGAGAGUAUCCGGACACGUGCUGAGGUCAAAGUUUGCUCUUAAUUUUGCGUCUUUUGCCGGACAGUAAGGACCACGUAGAGUCCGGUUUGUUGAAGAUUUUUCUUUUGUAUUUCAUUGUGAAAUCGGUCGGUGAGAGGAAUGACCGAUUAGGGUUUGUGGUUGGAGAAAUGGCCUACCACUUGGGCUACAUAAUGACGUCAUAAUGUCCUGUUUUCACAUCGCAACUUUAACAUCAGACCGGAUGUUACCUUAUAUACCCGAACAGAAGGCAUAAUUCUUUCCUUUGGACCCCCUUCAGCACUAUUUUUCCGUUUUGGAAUCGUUUCCCUUUCCUUUUCUAACUUCCGCAAACGCAUGUAUUCGUUCUCACUCGUGCAAAGCACAGCCGAAGUCCAUGUUCAUUCUUUAUUCAUUACCGUUUCACGUACGAAGUCAGUCAAUGGAACGACACGGGAAAGGGGCACCAAUGGCCAGCAAAAAGGAGAACAGUUAAAAUAAAAAGGAAAAUAGAAAGCAAAAGGAUCACUGAAUAUCGCUGGCGUCCUGGUGUUCCUGAUGCAGGGAGGCAAUGCAGACUGCCACACUUUCGGCUUUUCGUCGCCUUUCCAACUAUACGUCCACAAUUUCUAUUACUAGGCUUAGUGAGCGUUGCUCAACCGUUAAACAACUUUAACAUAUGCACGAAACCCACAUGCCCAAGCACUGUUUAAAGGCCCCAGCACAUGAUGCAAUCGGCCAACGAAGGGAAAAGACCGACAGGGAACAAAAAGUAUGUCCACACGACAGUAUCCUUCAGAGGCGACACACGUUGGAUCCGGAAUAGAGCAGGACCUCUUCCCCGUGGGUUUUUAACGCGAAACGGAAAAGGACAUCUGCCGAACUGGUACGAUCGAACCUGGACGACGUGUUCAUUUUUCCGACCAUAUUUACACACACUUACACAGCCAUAUGUAUAUCCUGGACCCUCUUCUCGAUGCGAACAGGAGGUCAAACAGUGGAGGUGUCAGUAGUGUACCAUUCAGUAGGGCAGUACGUAUACUGCGUCUCUAGCAAACGGUCAUCCCAUCAGCGAGUGGAAAAGCAGAACCACCCUACCGAAAGCUAGAACAGGACAAACGGUGACUGUGCAUCGACUGACCACUGCUGUAGCCUUACCGGAGCUUGGACCCCGAACAGUGAAACCUUUGUCCAGUCGGUCAUUGUACGAAGGCGACAGCAGCAAACGGUUAACGUGGCUGUAAAUGGUUAAAGGCGCGCGCAUAACGAACAGAAAAAAAAAUAAAGGAUGGAAAAUUCACCCCCAGAUUUCCACCCCGCAGGUGGAUUUAAUCUUGCUGGAGAAAAAGUUUAAUUAAAUGUAAGCAAACAAAACAAUAGUGCACUACAAAACAAUAGUUUAAAACAGUGCUGAAGUGGUACAUUCGUUUACUGGAUCGAAUCUCCAAAUAAUCGAUGAAUGCUGUCCAUGAUCGAAUCGUUACGCGACAUUACACAUGAGCGAGCGUCAGUGCGCGUGUUUUCCGUUAAAAUUUGUCAUCGAUCCUGAAGACCGUGAAUGACCCUCCAGAAGGUAGUGAACGUAGUCCAUUAAAAGGCUAGAAAAACUGCAAUUCUAAUGCUUUUAAACCGAGUGAAAGAAAUGUGUGUUUUAAAUAAAAAUUUGCCAAGCGAAUUGAACCACGAGAAAAGAAGUUUCUUGUCGGUCCGCUUGCGUGAAUAAUUAACAACGACCUGCGAUGCGUUAGCACUUAUGUGAGUUACGUGAAAGUGAAGCUUAAAAAAACGGGCUUUUUGAGCCUUAGUGAAACAAUAGUAGUGCAACAUUAGGUAGUGGUGCACAUAAGCGCAAAUCUAUCAUUUGCAAAGAAGUACGAAAAUGAUGACCGUUUUUCCCGGUUUGUUCAAUGACGGAUUAAUGGCUCCCGUGGACCGUAUACGCAGUGCGCAAUUUCUACUGUCCCUUGGAUAAAGCUGUGAGGUGGUAGUAUAUUGGUGUGUCUCUCAACGAACCUCGCACUAUUCGCACGUCGCCAUUUCGACGGUGAUUGAUUUGAGCAAACGCAAUUCCGACAGAACGGGCUAGUAAGGAUUUCUGAUACGCAAUCACACAAUGACGCAACUGGAGGAAGACGACCUUUUGAACAACUUGCUGAAAAUCCCUGGCACCAUUAUCAUUUACAACAAUGAUAUGAGCUCCUAUGAUUACAUACUAAAUGCUCAUAAUGUAGCACUCCCGCUGACACCGGCGACUUCUACUGCCGGUUCAGCCACGUCGGAACAAUCGGUGGACGACCUAAACAGCAGUGGAUCGAUCGAUGCGGACGUGACACAUUCGCCAAGUCCCAUCAACCAUAACAGCACCAAUGGAGUUCCUCAGCUGGCGGUCGGUUCUCCUACCUCCAUUGCACUGGAAACUCCUGGUAACUCCGAGCUGGAUCACAGCUUCAGUAGUGUCGAAACAUCUGAACCCGCCGUGUCGGAAAUAUUGGGAGAACCUAACGCAGCAGGCCUUACCGAAGAAACCGAGACAGACGAACUCGAAUAUGAAGAGAUGGAUACUGGAACCGGUCCCGGUGAAUCGCGGGAAGAGGAGGAUGACGAUUCCGAACCGGAACUAACCAAUCUGUCGUGGUUGACGGAGUUGAAGAACAUCACGAACCUGACACCGUCGGACGCCCCACUUACGGAUUUGCCAACGGCACGGUUUAAUAAAUUUAUUGCACAAGUACGAAGGAGCCGGGAAACAUACGACAAGCGCAAAGAACAGUACACAUCACUGUCGAGCUCGUUGGAAAAACCACCCUUCAACUAUGCACAAAUCAUCGCCAUGGCCAUGUUGGAGGAGGGCCGCAUGACGCUCAAGCAGAUAUGCAAAUGGAUACAGGAAAAGUUUUCCUACUACAAAGUGCACAAAAACUGGAAUAACUCCAUCCGGCACAAUUUGUCGUUGAGUUUUUUCUUUACCAAAGUACAACGGGCCAAAGAUGAGAAGGGCAAGGGAGGCUACUGGGAACUAUCUAUGGAUGUGUCAAAAAGCGAACGUCGGCGGGUACGUGUAAGGCAGCGGAACAAAUCAAACAACAAUGGCUCACAAUGCAACCGUCGAUCGUCAUCGGCUCGUUUCGAACUGAAGCAAACAACGAACGGUACUGUUGAUCAUGCUGGCACCAUCAACAACAACAACAACGAACAAACCGUCAACAACAAUCUUCCUAAGUAUCCGAUAGCACCAUCUUCUGAGGGAACGCUAGAUGCGAUCGCAACAACGUCACCAAUAACGAACGAUUGUGCUGGUGACUCGCAAGUAACGCACCGGGAACAGUUGACCACACUAGACAGCAACAAUAACAGCUGUCCUCAGCCACAGGUCCUAGCUACACCUCUGCAGGUGCAGAACGUAAUGAUCGAUAUCAUUGACAACUAUAGCAAGUCAGCGAUGGACACCGUUCUUCAGCCAGUACCGAUCAUUGCUACCGGUGAGCAUGUUGGACAAACAGAGUUGUCUAUCUUGCAGCCAGUUGCGGAACUACCAGUAAACGAGGAGCAACUGAUGCGAGCUAGUGCGAUGGUAGAAAGCUGCACGAUUAACUUCGAUUCCAUCAUCAACGGUGAAAAUGGAGCCAGUAUUUUCAACAAUCUCAACGUGGACGAGAUCUUCUCCGAUAAUGAAAUUCCGCAGCCCGCGAACGACGACAUCAUUGUGCCAUUCUUCAGUAACGUCCAGCAGGUCCAGGCGGGUCCAAACGUGGUGGUUGAAACCAUUCCCUACUACCUACCCGACAUGGGAAACUUCGAUGAGAGUGAUUUCGGGAACCUGAUAAACAUCAACGAGCAGGAAAUUAGUGACGAGUUCCUAAACGAGCAUGGUUUUCUCUAAAGAAUUUUGAUGCUGUUCUUGGUUUCUGAAUUCCAAGCAUUUUGUUCGUCAUAUAAACAGGUGUAAUGUUUGCUCCCAAAAUCCUCUUGCGGACAUCAGAGUUUACUCUGUACAAACUAUCAAGUAGGGUAUCUAGUCUCGUACAUUAAUGGAGUUCAGUGGAUGUUAUGGUGUUUCGCUAGUGCGUUCAACAUAAUGUACAACCGUUACUCAUUAGCAGUAGAAUCUGUGCAAACUUUAAAGUAAGAACACACGAAUUAUUGUUCGAUUCUAGCAUGUAAUGGGACAGUUUCACUGCUCAGUACACAACGCAUCGAUUUGUAGCGCGCUCUAGCUUUUUGGUCACAACAUUCUUUGAACGAAAGCAGGUGUUCGUUCCUCUUCAUCUGUAAAUACAUAUUAAGUGAAUGGAUAAGUGAUGGAUAAUAUCAAAUAAAAAGUUUUCAUUUCAUUUUCCAGAAAUUUUCAUUAU